AUGCACCCUCUACAAGUCAACUCUCGAGACCCACCCAGGAGCAGUCAAUCAUCAUCUCAGUUUGAGACUGACUGCACCCCACUGCUUCAUACUACCUCCACCUCCACCACUCCAGCCGAAGACAGCUCCUCUACUUCUCCAGCAAAAGAUUCCUCUACUCCUCCUGAAUAUGAAGGCUGUGAUGGAACUGCAGAAGUCAACUCUCGGGACCCAGCCAGGAGCCGUCAAUCGUCAUCUCAGUUUGAGACUGACUGCUGCGCCCCACUGCUUCUUACUACCUCCACCUCCACCACUCCAGCUGUAGAAAGCUCCUCUACUUCUUCAGAAAAAGAUACUUCUUUUCCUCCUGAAUCUGAAGAGAGCUGCACUUACUGCAACCCUCAGUGA